AUGUUUCAACAUAUUUUGAGAAACGGGUGGAAUAUCGCAAAUUUGGUACGAAAUGGAAGAGUUGUGUCCAGGAAGAGUUUUUUAACGGCGCAAAGCGCCAAAAUUUUGGCAAUUCGAGCACAUUACCGCCACUUUUCCACCUCUAACGAGGAGCCAGAAACCAUCAAAAUCGCACAUGGGCCAAAGGACACCAUCCUUAUGACCGGGUACAAUGUGAGAGAGAAUGAAAUGGAAUCGCACAUUAAAACGCUCAAAGAGGCCCUGAAGCUAAAGCUAAUGACGCUCAAAUUCUACAGCGAGGACAUUGCCCAGUCGUUCACCGACCUUGCAAUGUGCCAGCACCAGUCCCUCUUGUACAUCAACGAGGCCAAGGACAACUACCUCAACGCCUACGAGAUAUGGAAAAAGAUUAGGGGAGAAAAGUCGAGGGAGGUUGCCAACAUUUUAAAUCUAAUUGGUGUGUUUAUGCGCGAUUUGGGUGACGUCAAGGCUGCGAAAUCGGCGCUGAAGGAGUCGCUCGAAAUAGAUAAGUCACUUGGAACCGCCAUGAGCUACUUGUGCUCGGUAUAUUCACUGAAUAAUCUCGCCGGAAUUGCGGACCUAGAAGGGGAAUAUCAAGAGGCCUGCAAUUACUACGAAGACGCCCUAAAAAUUCUCCUGACUGCCACAGGUGGAGACGCAAAUCACAGGCUUAUAUCAGUCUUGUACUACAACAUGGCAUGCAGCUAUCAUCACCUGAAUGACGACUAUAAUGCAGAAAUUGCGCUCAACAGGAGCAGGGACGUCAUAGCAAACAUUGGAGACCCUUGCAACAUUCUACACAGAGUUGAAGAACUCUUGGAUAUCAUCAAAAAGGACAGACAAUCGUAA